AUGGACACAAAGGGAAACCGCCUGCGCAAUCCCACACGGUUCGGCUCCUGGAAGUCUGGCAAGUCGGGCUCCGACGACCCAGACGACGAACCCCUCAGCGCCGUCUCAAGCAAAGCCCCGUCUGUGAACUGGGGCGAGUUUGGCGACCUGGGUCUACGCUCCAGAAACGUCCUCUUGCACGGCGAAGUCCAGACGAGCAGCACGCUUUUCAGGCGAAAAAAGGAAUACCUGGUCCUGACGGAAACGCACGUUGUGCGCUUCAAAACCCAGCAGAAGGCCUCGGAAACUUUCAGCGAGAUAUGGUCUCCGCUGAAUCGAAGUGCUUCUUCGAAGCAUCAGUCGCGUCCCUCGGUCGGAUCGAUACAGGACUUCCAAUCAUGCGCCUCGGAAAACUCGGGGGAGCGAAAUGUUGGCACUCCGCUUCGGCAGGUCAUCGCCAUCUACCAGCUCGUCGACGACCGACCAUACUUUGCUUUCGAAAUCACCUACAUGGAUGAGGAGUCCAACCAUCCGUACGCCAUGACUCUGCAAUUUGGUUCGCCUGAGGACAUGACCAAGUGGCUUACUGCAAUAAAAGCCGCAGCAAACCGUGUUCGCAGUUUGGACGAGAACACCAUAUCGGAGAACAAUACACGCCUUGCCGCUAGGAUCGUCGAACGUGAGGGUGAUUAUGACCCGCGCAACUUUGCGCUGUACAAGGUCGUGCAGCGACCAUCCCACAAGCCAGGCUUGGCGUCUUCAUCCUCCGAUGACCUUACCAAAAUAUCGAAUUCCGUCUGCUUUCUUGCCGUGGGGAUCCACAAAAUACAUCUGAUACCCAUAUUCAAAUCACGCCAACGCUCAUCGAGCCCAAAUCUCAUGAUGUAUCCGUCAGAGGCGUCCUUCGGCAUUCUCACGCUCACCUCGGUGCGACUUAGUGAGAUCGAUGACACGUUUGAACUGGUGUUCCGGACGCCGUUGCAGAAGCCGAAGGUACUGCUUAUGGCUUCCUUGGCAGCUGGAGACAUUGCCGUGCGGCUGCACCAUGUUGAGCAUUUCUUGCGUCCAGAAUGGGAACCGCGGCCAUACGUAUUCUUGGUCCCGAAUGCGGUUAAAGAGGAAAUAGUGUCCACCACUAUUACGGACAAGAUUGACGAAAAUUCCUUAGUUCGUACUCUGUGCGCUUAUUGUAUCGCAUACAAUAUUCCCCCGGAGAGAAUACGGUAUACAAUCACAUAUCCCGAGGAUGACUUCCCAUGUUUCCAGCUUCUGCCCCCAGAAGGUCGGAGAAGGAGCGGCUAUGGAGCUCUGGAGUUGCUAGCCGUGAUGCGCACUCUUCGCUACAACGAAUCCUUCGGCACAAUAUCAUUUGCGGGCAUCAGCCUAGAUGUAUUGAAUGAGCUCCAUGAUCGUUACGGUUCUGACCAUUUGUGCACGAAGACGAAGAGAGGUACCCCGAUUAAUUUAAGCAUGGAAGAGCUUUCGAAGUCCUGCCUUUUGGUUCAAGAAAUCAGGGCUCUGGCAGUCACGAGCAGGAGGCUUCGCCGAAUGAACUUCAGCAAAUGUAUCACCAGGGAACCAGCAGACUUUGUCGAUGAGAACAAGGGGAAAGACGUCGGUUGCGGGAUCGUGGAAGCGCUCUUCCCUCUCUGCAAGUACCAAACAACAAAUGUUGAUUGGAUAAUUCUCAAUGAGAUAACACUGGGCGAGACGGACCUCGAAUACCUCAUCGCAGCAGCCGCCGAGAGGCACUGUCACUUACGCGCCCUCGAACUGAGCAAGUGCGGUCUCAAUGAGCGGAAAAUGUCCCUCCUUUUGGACGCGCUACGAACACAGGAAAAUACUUUGGAAGCCAUCGACAUCUCCAAGAACACUGCACGUCUGGUCCCAUCUAUUUUCGAUCCCCAACUUAGUGUUUUUGGCUACAUACGAAUCCUGAACCUCUGUGGCGUCGGCCACACCGCUGGACCGGAGCCGUUACUAACCGCGGAAACUUUGCUCUCAUGGAGACUGCAGGAACUCAAUCUGAGCGGAACACAGCUCAAUCACGCGACGAUAGAGGCAAUUGCGACUUAUCUCAAAAGCCCGAAAUCUGAUUCGCUACACAAGUUGCGCGUUGACCGCACCUGCAUCACCGGCAGGCAGAUUGCACAUCUCAUGCGGUCAAUGACCAGAUACCCCGGCAUGGCUCGGGAACUCCACAUGGAUAUCAGCGAGAACUACAUCGAAAAGUUCCACUUUGAGUUUGCCGCAGCAAUCAGUGACGGAUACGCACCUAUGCAUCUCACUAUCGAGCUCAUCGACUACGAUGACGAGUCACACUUCGCAGAACUUGCCCUGGCGAUUGCAAAGAACAAUACCAUCAGACGCUUGGAUGUCACCAAGGUCUCAUUACCGAGCGAUGCUUCGGAGGGGACUUGUGAUGCUCUCGAAAAGAUGUUCAAAGAUAACAAAACGCUGAUUGCGCUGGACAUGUCAGGUGAGGACUCAAAGCUGGAAACAGCUAAAUUCGGCGUCGGUAUAAACAAAGCAUUGUGUGGCCUCAAGUACAACAAUACGUUGAGGGAACUCCACAUUAAAAACCAAGGGCUCGGCCUUCAAGGGGCAAGUACUUUGGCCGACGUCCUAAAGGACAACACCUCUCUCAUAUCACUGCAUUGCGAAAACAACAACAUACCACUGCAAGGCUUUACGGACCUCGUCAAUGCACUUCAUAACAACACAACCAUUCAAUGGUUGCCAUCCAUGGAUGAUAGUCGAUACGAAAACCUCCGGCAAACUGAAAUGGCAAUCAGAAACAUGCGAGGCGAGACUCUCAGCAAUACUCCCGCAAAACAUACCUCCGUUCGAAGCAAGCUCGCAAACAAAAUUGGUGGUAAAGCGUCAGUGGAAAAGCCGGCGGUCAUACCGAUAUCGGAUCAGGAUGCUCGUGCCGCUGUGAGCUUGGUUGAGGAGAGUUGGGAGCGGCAAGCACAUCGCUUGAACAUUUACCUUCAGCGCAACGUCAACAUCGCUGCUGGAAUCCCAACACCUAUUGACAUUGAAGAAGAGCUGCCCGAGCGGCCGGACCGACCAUUUAGCAUGGGCAAGCUUAUUGAACAGGUGCAAAUUGACAGCACGCCAACCAUCGAGAAGCAGGCCAUACUUGGCGCCCUCGACUUUGAAGACGACCAUGUCGAUGACCGUAGCCAACUGGACCAGCAUAGCCAACAUUUUGUUGCUCAGCAAAUCAGCGAAUCAGAUCCUUUCGUGGAUAUGGAUCCAAUGGUGGUGUCGUUGGCGAAGGAACUCGACGUCUCGCUCGGAGAUGCCCAGACAUUGCUCGACUUGAAUGCGGCCCCGAGACUCAUGAGGCAAAUUUCGCCGCAUUCGCCAACAUCCCCCAAAUCGCCACGGACCCCGCGCGAGAUCAAGCCGCGCGAGGCUAUCCCUCACCGGUGA